UUCAACAGGAGUUGGUUGUGUCGGAUUACUUCGGAGGGGUGCGCUAUUAAAAUAUCUUCAAAGAUUAUCUUUAAUUGGACAGUUUGUGCUUGUGUGCGUUCGGUGUUUUUUUCCCUAGUGACGUUUCUGUUUUUUCGAAAGUUGAUCACUGUUAUCAUUCGAGUUUAGUGUGCGGUGAUAGUCAGUGAUUUCUGAUUGCGAUUUUUAAAAUGAUCACCGAUUAGACUGCGAUCGUUAUUGACUGAGGACCGAAAAUUGUGUUUGUGAUUAAAAAUGACAUCAGGGACGUGAUACCAGGGACCGCGGCGAAACGAGUUGCGCGAAAGUAAAAAAAAAAAAAAUGAUGCCACGUGUUCUAUAAUUGCGAAAUUAUUUAUGGAUCGUUAAUUAAUCUGUAAUUAUAUUUCUGUCCCGUUCUGUCUAAUUACCGACAAUCAUAAUUUUGAUUUCACGCACAGUGCCAUUAAUAAGCCGACUUCUAUUGUCGAUCAUAAAUUUAAUUAUCAAACUAAAAAUAUUUUCACGAAUAAGUGUAUAGACAAGUGUUUUUUUUUUUAAAUUGAACUAUCUGUGCUUCUUCGAUAUUGUGAUAGUGAUGCUGUGUACUGCAGUUUAAAGUUACUUCGAAACCGCAAACGAAGCGGCAAAAUACCAGACGAGCGGCAGAAAUCCCUCAAAAUUACCCGAAUUCAAUCCCCAAGCACCAAAUCCGGCAACCUGAGUUUCUCAGAUCCCUUCGGGCCUCCUCAGUCCUCGGACGGAGGGGGCCCAUCCACCCCCCAACCAGCCAUGACCACCCAGGAGCUAGAUCACCAGCAUCAUCAUUUAGGGGGGUCACAAACGCCACAUGACAUAUCCAAUUCCACUAAUUCAACUCCAACAAAUGUAUCCUCUAAAUCAGCUUUCAUAGAGUUACAGCAACAUGGAUAUGGUCCUUUUAAAGGUGGUUACCAACAUCCCCACCAUUUUGGGAGUCCGGGUGGUCAACAGAAUCCUCACGAAGCCUCGGGGUUUCCGAGCCCUAGGUCUUUAGGGUAUCCCUUCCCUCCUAUGCAUCAGAACACGUAUGGUUAUCAUUUAGGUUCCUACGCUCCACAGUGCGCGAGUCCGCCUAAAGAUGAAAAAUGUGGACUAUCAGACGACCCUGGUCUCCGAGUGAACGGCAAAGGCAAGAAGAUGAGAAAACCUCGCACGAUAUACUCCAGCCUUCAGCUGCAGCAAUUGAACAGGAGGUUUCAGAGGACACAGUACCUCGCCCUCCCCGAAAGGGCUGAGCUCGCCGCUAGCUUGGGUUUAACGCAGACGCAGGUCAAGAUAUGGUUCCAAAAUCGACGCAGUAAAUACAAAAAGAUGAUGAAAGCUGCGCAAGUGGGUGCUGCGCCACCCGGCCUCGGCCUUCCACCCGGCAGCCCCCCAAAUAAUAACCAACUUCUACAUGGUGGUGGAGGAAGUUCCAGUGGCUCCCAACAUUCCCCGUCCGCGUACCAGAGCGGUCCGACACAGGCCCACUCGCCCACGCCUAGUUCAACGCCAGUAUCCGAGCUAUCCCCUGGACUAUCUCCAACUGGGACGCCAUGGGAUGUGAAACAGCCGCCGCAGCCGGCUUGGGAUGUAAAGGUUGGAUAUCCAACGGCUGGUCGCUCGCCGGACGGUACCUCUUGUGACAUCAAGCCACCACACCAGCAGUCGUGGGACCCGAGGGUCGGUUACGGCGCGCCACCCGGCCCUUGGGACAUGAAAGGCGCGCACCAUGCGCUUCAUCACCAGGGCGCACCGCAACCACAUCCGCCCUACGUGCCUCAGUACUCCUGGUACCAAGCUGAUGCCAACCCUGGACUCUUGACUGAAAAUGGCUUAGCGCUUUUCCAUCGGAUGGGACUGAGGAGUCAGUUCUUGGGAUCAAACGAACAAAACAAUUAUGAUAGCUGAAGAUAUUACUAAAUCAAAUUCAGAAUAGGUUCUAACUCUAAAAAUUAUGACCAAGUAACUAAACGUUAAAACUGGUUUAAACCGGUUUAGAUUUCAUAUAGCCUUCUAUUAUUAAAGUCUAGCUCAAACCUUACUAGCCAGGUGUAAUUUAUGUCAAGUUCUAUAAAACGACUUUAUUCAACAUCUUUCGUGAAAGUAUUAUUGGCUGUAUAUUUUCAUACCUUCGUAACAAUGCAAAAAAAAAUAAUUAAACCCUUUCUAGUACUUUCUUUGUGCAGAUGCUUUAAUUUUUUUUUCUUUUAUUGCUUCUGGUACAGCACACAAUAAUUCCAGCCUAAUUCGUAUUAUUUCAUAAUACCUAUUCGUAUUGACUGUUUAUAUACUAAAUUUAGCAAAUAUAUACCUAUAGCUAAGACUUUUAUAACACAUAUUGUGAGAACUUUUAUGAUUUUUAAAUUAUUUAUAAUAAAACGUUUAUCUUGGUCAUAAUUUGUUCAAAACGUUCGAUAAUUUACUAAACAAAUAUUAUAAUGGCAUACACUACAAUGAGCGAUGUUUUUUUUUUUAAAUUAUAUCAUUAAGACGAAGGGACGUAAUUAUUCGUUUUUUUUUUAAUUUUCUAUUAUUAAUAUAUUUUUAUUAAAAUUCUAGCUGCCUGAGAAAUUAAUAUUAAAUAUAAAAAUUAUGUCCUUUCGGAAUUGAUUUGACUUUUAAUUAUUAUUAAUAAUAGAAAAUUGUUUGUCAACAGGGUCUGGCCUGCCGUGUAACGACCAUCGGGCUAACUGAAAAAAAAAAACUAAAUAUUAUAUUAAACCAUAGUUCACUUAACGCUAAAAUUAAUUGCGCUCGUAGCGCACUAAAUGGCGCACGAUGCGCACAAAAUGGCGGUCCUAUUAAAGAACGGCACAACCAAGAUUAUUGUUAAAAAAUAUUUAAUAUUAAUUAAAGAAUCAUUGUAAAUUUCUAUUAAUUAUAAAUAGAAUAAAUGUUUAUAAUGGUUACUGUAAAUUUAGUAUAAGGAAUGCGUGUUAAAAUGCCGGUGGCCACGACGAAAAAAACAUUAUUAAAAAAAAUAUAUUCUAAUUUUCCCUCGCAGUGUAUGCCAUUAUAUCUUAUAUGAUUUAAAAAAAAAAUGUACAAUGUUGACUGGUGUACAUAGUAAUGUCAUAAAAAUUGUAUACUAUUUUUUUUUUGUAUAUAUUUUCAUCAGUGUUUAGUGUAAAUUACUAUAACUACGAAUUCAUUGAAAAUUGUGCAAUACAUGACUAAGGUGUGAUUAUGUGACCGUUGAGGAUCUGUUUCAACUUCACAAGUAUAUAUAAAUAUGAAUACAUCGUGUGGUCACCGAGGUAAGGUAAAAAAUACGUCAGUGUUGCCAGCUCAUAUAGUUUAUCUAAAAAGCAAUUAUAUGAAUGCAACAUAUUUAAAAGUUUUCUGUGUUAGCAACACUGACAGCUGUAGCGAAUAAUUUUGUUUUCUUUAUUUCACUUUUCAGCCGUCUUUAAGAAUAGUUACUACAUAACAUAGUUUUGUUUUUCUUAUUUUUAAUUAUUUUCCAUAUAUAUAUAUAUAUUAUGAUGUUCCAAAAACUUUUUUUUUUGUAAUAUAAAUGAUGGCUGACUAAUUUGCUACCAUUCAAAAAUUAACUAAGCUUUAAAGAUUUUUUUUUUAUUUAUUUAAUAGAUUAAUCAAUAAAAUCAAACGGGAACACAAACCAGUCUGUUGUGAUACAUAAUUUUAAGUUUUUUUUGUAAACAUGACGUCCUGUCAAUAAACGUCAGAUUAGAUCUUUGAACGAUUGAGCUCUAUUUAUAAAUUAUGACAGUAAAUAUAGAUUAAAAAUAAUUGAACGUUUAUUAAUGGGGCGUCUGUAUUUUUUUUUUUAAUUUGGUGAACUAUAUCGUGUAUUUAUUACAUAAAAUUGUUCAAAAUCGUGUUCUAUAUGCAAAUCUAUUUAAGCUGUUAUUAUUUCUAAUGCAAUCUGAAUUUAUUUGUAAUAAAUGCUAUUAGUCUAUUUAUGGUUCAAAAACUUGAAUAGAUAAUAAAUUUAAAAAAAAAAUGUUUUUUUUUUUUAUAUAUGUGGCAGAGAAAUAAAGUUUUAUUUCAAAGAAAUAGUAAUUAAAAAAGUUUUUGACUAAAAAUAGAUAAUAGUGUACUCUAGAAUGGGUCUUACGGGAUGUCUUUGUAAAUAUGUUUUUGUAAUAUAUAGAGAAUAUAUACAUAUAAAUAUAGUUUAGAUAGUAUAAUUACUUUAUAACUACUAUGUAUUAUAAGGAAAACGGAAAUAAGAAAAAAGUGAAUUAAUUUCUUUUGUCAAAUAAAAACUGAAAAAGAUUUCA